GUCUACCUGAAAUAUUACUCAAGCAAUCACUGUGGUGAGAUCAGAGGAGCUACUGGAGAGUAGCUACUGGAGAGUAGCUCACAGCUGCUGGCUCACCGCAUCCGAUCUGCUAUCUGGACUCUACUGUUCCUCGCCUAGCGAAGCCGCGAGGUGUUUUGACUGGUGGUUUAGCACCUGGAGCCAUGCGCGUGUAAACGGCGAGCGUUGCUCGUUCCGUAGAGCUUUCUGCUUGUCCGUUCGAAUUCCGCGCUCCUUCCCUGGUCGACAUCAGCUUAUCUCACACUCACCAUCACGACCGUUGGUGUCAUUCUAAACGUCACGAUGGACCGAUCGCGGCAUCGCAGCCGUAGAUUCGACUGUCCUCGCGCCGAAGCUCAAAACACCCGCCUUUCCCUGUCUACACCGUUCAAGCGAGCCGUCGCACCGCUGCUGAUCCUGGCGCUGCUGCAAGGCGUGGCGACGACGGCGACGUCUGCGACGCCUGCGACGGACGACGGCACGUACUCGCAUGUGCUGACGAUGUCGACGUUCAAUGAGAGCCUCGCCGCAGCCAAGGAGCCCUGGGCGCUCGUCGAAUUCUUCGCCAGCUGGUGUCCCGCCUGCCAGUAUUUCAAGCCGGAGUACGAGCAGGUGGCGCGGCUGUUCAACUCGCCCUCCUCGCCCAACUCCGAUUUCAUCUACGUAGCCAAAGUCGACUGCGCAUCAGAUGGUCUGCUGUGCACGCGGUUUGACGUGAGCAGCUACCCGUCCAUGUUCUUCGGGCGGCCGGGCGCGUUCAGCAGCGGCGACCGGCACUCGGACGCGGGCAAGGCGGCUCUGGAGACUGUCACGCCGCAGGAGAGGACCUCACAGGGCGUGCUGGAGUGGAUCAACGUGCGCACUGACAGAAUGUUUGCGCUGCCCAAGAAGGGCGGGGAGGAGACGUUGACAGCGACGGCGGAGCAGGGCAAAGCAGCUGUCACCACCACCACCACUGACAGCGCCCAAGACGAGGAAGGGCAACAACAGGUUGGCCCGCGUGCGAAGCUGCAUGACAUAGAGGAGGCCACAGCUGUCGCCUUCAACUUCAUCUUCACGUCCCUGCCGCUCAAGAAGGCCAUGCGCAACCCCUUGGAGGACUUCAUUCGCCUCAUCGCUCAGCACCACCCGUCCAAUAGGUGUCGGAACGGGGCGUCUGUGCUGCUGCGCCUGCUGCCGCUGGCGUGGCCGCUGUCAGCAAUCGGGGAGGAGGAGGAGGGCAAGGGGCAGGGGUCACGCAAGGAGCUGGGGGCUCUGAGGAUCAACAAGACUGCCCUCGCAGGGGCUAAGAUAUGCGGCGCAGACCUGCCAUCUGGCACGUGGGACCAAUGCAAGAGCAAGAUCAAGGACCGCAGAGGGUACAGCUGUGGGCUGUGGCUGCUGUUCCAUUCGCUGUCGGUGCGCGUGGGGCCAGAGCAGGGCGGGUGGUGUGUGAGCGCCAUGAGGGACUUUGUGACUGUCUUCUUUGGGUGCAGCAAAUGCCGCGACCACUUCCUGCAAAUGGCAGAGCAGCUGCACAUUGAUAAAGUGAAGACCAGCAAGGAUUCCGCACUCUGGGUGUGGCGCGCACACAACUUGGUCAACCAGCGGCUGGAGAAGGAGGAGGCAGAGGCAGGCGGCAAGAGGGGUGAUCCCGAGCACCCCAAGCGGCAGUGGCCCACGCUCUUCCUCUGCCCGCUCUGUGCCCAAGACGAUGCCAUGGCCACUGCAGACUCGGCUGAAGCCGCCUCUGACCCGGACCUCUCAUGGGACCUCGAAUAUGUGCACUCGUUUCUCUACAACUUCUAUAACGAGCCGGAAGGGAGUGGGGGGAGUGGUGCAGGGGAAGGAGCGGAGGGGGAGUCUAUUGGUGCCGGAGGUGGUGCGGGAAGGGUGGAGAUGGUGGGUCGGAGAGAGGGGGGAGGCGGGGGGAUGGUGAUGGGUGGGCUGGUUUUGAUGCUGCUGGUGUGCUUCUGUGGGUGUGCCACGGUCCGAAGGUCCAUGCUGCGCUCUCAUCCUUCUCGCCGUCGUUGAGGAGCAAGCACAAGUGGGGAGGAACGUACGGGCUGCAUCAAGUCUGACCUCCUCAUCCUCCUUUCUCACACCUGCUGCAUACUGCUUGUUUCACAACUGCUGCCUAUUGACUAUUAGCCAAACCAACGUUGGUAUGCAUGGAGAUGGAUUGUAUGCAGAUGGAGGUGCAUAUUUAAUUCCAUUGACACCAGUGUCAUACUGGCCAUCAAAGCCAUUGAUUUACCAUUGUGAUAUUCCUCCCUCUUUUGCCGUUUAAAACUAGAGGUA